AUGCACGUCGUCACCGUGAUCGACGCGACGGAGGACGCCGCGCGACGAGCCGCGGCGCGCGCCUCGGGGAGCGAGCCGCGACUCGCGCCCCCCUCGCGCGGCCCGUUUCUCGCGCGGCUCGCCGCUGACGUGCGAGCCCUGGAGACGGUCUCGCCGCCGCCGCCGCCGCCGCCGCCGCCGCCGCCGCCGCGCCCUCCCUCCGAGGAACCCGCGCCGGCGCCUCCGCGAUCGAGGAGGGCGAUCGAGGAGGAAGAGGACGACGACGCGAUUCCGACGCCGGGGAAGCGACCGCGGCGACGCGCGCGGCUCGCGAAGGGCGCGUACAAAAACCUCGCGAAGACGGGAAGAAGCGCGCCGGAGAGGUCGAAGCGAGCGAAGAAAGCCGCGGUCGCCGGCGCGGUCGCGGAGGUCCGUCCCGCGCGGCGCGGACCCGCGCCCCGGGAUCUCGCGUCGCCGCCGCCGACGGACCCGCCGCGCGGCGAUCCCGAGAGGGAGGGCGCGGAGCCCUCGACGACGACGACGACGACGACGACGACGACGACGACGCGGCCGCGAACGCCGCGCGCGAAACCCGCCUCCGCGGCGGCGGCGACGGCGACGCGCCCCCCGCCCCCGGGCGCGACGACGAAGGUCUCCGAGAUGUCGUACCGCGACCUGAAGAACCUCUACGCGGUCGUGUUCGAGCGAACCACGACGAGCAACAACCGUCAGUGGCUGGAACGCGCGAUCGAGAUUCGUCUGGCGUCGACCGGCGGCGUCGGCGUCGGCGUCGGCGUCGACGUCGGCGGCGGCGACGCGAGCGGCGGCGAACGCGCGACGCGCGCGCCGUCUGCGCGCGCGAAGAGCGCGAGGCGCGCGGAGGAGGACGCGCGGCGCGUCGACGCGAUCGAGACGAUCGAGACGACCGAGACGACGGAGACGAGAGACGACGCGCUGAUGAGCGCGGCGAAGGAGAUCCGAGUCGUUCGUAAGCACGCGGCUACGAAGGGGAGGCGGUCGAGCGUCGACACGUCGCCGGCGACGGCGGCGGCGGCGGCGGCGGCGGCGGCGGCGACGACGGCGAAACCGCCGCGCGCGGACCCGGACGAGACCGACGUCGAGGACUCGGACUCGGAGGAGGACAUCGUGACGCGGACGGGGAGGAAGCCGCUGCGGUGGCUCGGGGUGACGACGGUGGGAGGGGCGUGA